AGGCAAUGCAAAACUAAGUUAACGCGCGAGCCAGAUAAUCAUCAGAAAAUAAUUAAUAUGUCUUCUCUACAACUCUCCCUCGUUGCCCUCCUCAUUUCCUGGGCCGUUUUCAGCUCCUGCAGCGCCGAAAAUAUUCUGUACACCAACGACGCGCUCUACGGAGGCCAAUCCCUCACGUGGGGGAACUACAGACUGACCAUGCAGACGGAUUGCAACCUGGUGCUGUACGACGGUGGAAAUGCUGUCUGGUCGUCGGGGACCUACAACCAGGGGUCGGGCUGCUACGCCAAGAUGCAGUCGGACGGCAACCUCGUCGUCUACGGCGGCUACAACAACGCCCUCUGGGCCACCAACACUGAGCGAGAGCAAGGCAACUACAUCUGCGUUCUCCAGCGCGAUCGCAACGUCGUGAUCUACGGUCCCGCGCUCUGGGCCUCUGGGACUAACCGCGUGGGAACUCCCGGUGUUGUUAUAUCGGCCGCGAACUCUACUCAGACCGCCGCCGCGACGACCGAAUCCAAAUCUCCGAGCAUCGCCAUGGUGACAAAUUAAACUAGUCGCGACAUUCAGGGUGCUAAAAGAGUUUUUAAUUUGCUUUCAGAAUAAUAUAUAAGGGCGAUUAGUUAGCUAAGCUUUGCUUAGUUAAGUCGCCUGUGGCCUGUUACCUUGUUCUUGUUAUGGUUUAAUCUUAGUAAUGCAUUAUCUAGCUAGGUUGCCUGCCGA